AUGGCGCUACUCAAUUAUCCUGUUCCAGAGCUGGAUGUUACCCUACAGGAAGCAAGCCGGGUUCUCCAGCUUACUCUCAGGCCUGAGCUGUACCCACACUAUAAAAACGCCCUCCUUCAGCAGAGAGACGCUCUCCAGGACACCCAGAGUCGGCUGGUGGCAGCUGCCGCUGGCUGUGAGAACUGGGUGACGGAGCAGUUUAAAAAGAGGCUGCUGUCCUGUCCUGAUCCUCUGCCCACCUCUACAGCCAUCCCCUCUGUGCUGCCCUCAUCCAAAGCACAGACGCCAUGUGUCCAGCUGGACAGGGCUGCCUCUCUGCUGUGGGCUGCAGCCAAGCUGUACAGUGAACCUUGGCUGGUGGAAGGGGAUCAGCCCUUAGAGCGCACACAGCAGUCAGAGGUGUUUGCCACCAGUCGCCUGCCAGGAAAGACCCAGGACCAGCUCAGGGUUUAUCCCAAGAGUCUCCAUGUCAUCGUGACCUGUCGAGGAGGUGUAUUUCCAGUGCAAAUUUUGCAGUGGUCCAAUUCAGGGAAUUCCCUGUCUCCACUGCCACUGCUUGAUGUCUACAGCCAGUUAACGCACGUGAUGAGCCAGCCAGACGCAGGUAGCGAUCAGAACCCCUCCACCAUCUGCGGUCUGUCUGCCUUGCAGCGGCAGACCUGGCAUGCGGUGAGGGAGGAGAUUCUGCGGACGGGUGGAGAGGCAGCUGCAUCUCUUGAGAUUAUGGAGAGUGCUGUGCUGGCCCUUUCUUUGGAAGACUGCUGUGCCCCACCUGACAUGGCAGAAACCCUAAACUCCAUCAGGCUUGGAGGGCAUGGAGGCCUCCUUCUGAGAUACUAUGACAAGGUGGUGAACUUGGUAGUGUUCAAAGACAGUACAGCAGGCAUGGUUUUUGAACAUAGCGCUGUUGAUGGGAUGGUGGCUGGUUUGGUAGCUGAAAGUGUGUGGUACCUCUCUGAAUCCCAAAUCACUGAGCUUUCCCACAACCAAGCAGUCACCAAUGGCUCACCCAUGCUUUCUGUUGGUGGUUCCUCAGAACCUAAACCUCUUAUAUUCCCCCUGGAGAAUGCACCUAAACCUGGUCAUCUGGAUCUUAAUAGCUCUUCCCAAGCACAACAUCCCAUAGUAACCUUUGAGAUUUCAUCCUAUCCCGAUGUCUUCACUACCCUGAGGAGUCACAGGGGUUUAUUUGAUGCUUGGAUCAAUUUCUCUUUACAGCUCUCCCUAAAACAGACCCUUGGUGAGUCAGCUGAAAGUCUUAUCCUUGUCACCCCCACACACAUGCGCCACUACAAGCACGGCCGCUGUGACCCAACCUACUCACUCACCAUGCAGUCUCGUCAGCUGGUCGCAGCUCUGGCCUCCUGCGUUGGACCAGACAAUGAUCCUCGCUACACACAGGAGAUCUUUCAGUUAUUCCAUGUUGCUUUUCUGGAGCACAAAAAUCUCAUCAAAGCCACAAAGUGUGGUCAUGGUGUGGGUCCUCACCUGGCAGCUUUACGCAGGUCUUUGGCCCAAAAAAAUCCACUCAAGAAAUUUCUAGAUCCUUUUGGAUGCCCCUCGGUCUACCUCACAGGAAAAGACCUAAUGGAGGGUGUGGAGUGUGCUGUGGGUAAUGUUUAUGCCACUGAUCAGCUGGCUGUCACAUACCUCGGCAGAAAAGACCGUGUUCGCAUGGUACUGAAUGCUAAAGGUAGCUUUACCAAUGUCUUAGGAAAACUCAAGGACAGUUUGGAAGCCAAUCUGAAGCUGGUGAUGCUCCUAGCUGUCAGGUAUGCAAUUGCUGGGCAAAUGGGAGCCAUUGAAUGUCUCUUACGGGAAAGGGAGGGGGGGAGAAGAAAUGACUGUGCACAGAAAGACAUUUGCAAAAGUUUGGGUUCAAAGGGGCAGAACAAAGCCAUUGCAACAGGACUCCCUGUCACCAAUCCCUCCCCUGUAAUGAAACCAGAUUUUACUCUAGUGAUCCAUGGUGGGGCAGGGGAGGAAGUUAUGCUGAAUCAGAAAGUGAUUGGAGUAAUUGAAUUUGCCCUGCAGACAGCAUUGAGCCUUGGCACGGAAGUGUUAGCUCGUGGUGGAAGCAGCGUGGACGCUGUGCAAAGGUGUGUGACUGCUCUUGAGGACUGCUUCUUAUUUAAUGCUGGAAAGGGCUCUGUGUUUAACAGAGAAGGUAAACAUGAAAUGGAAGCCACCAUUGUGGAUGGUGGUGGGAGGAAGUCUGGAUCAGUGGCAUGUCUGAAAAGUGUAAAAAAUCCGGUAAAAGCAGCACGUCAGGUAAUGGAGAUGAGUGUUCAUUCACUGUUAGUUGGUGAUGGAGCUGAAGAGUUUUUGCAGGGACUUCAAGACAAAGAGAAAUCAGUGAAGGCAGAGUAUUUCCAAACUGAUGUUCGACAGAAGGAGCUGGCUCAACAGCUAAGUGGUGGCAAGUCCUCCAGAAACAACCACCCUCAAACCGUAGGAGCAGUGGCUCUUGAUCGCUGGGGCAGGUUAUCUGCUGCAACAUCCACUGGUGGAUUAGUGGGCAAGUGGAAAGGUCGAGUUGGUGACACAGCAAUUGUGGGAGCAGGAAUAUAUGCUGAUGACAAGUUGGCUGUGACUUGUUCUGGUGAUGGAGAUGUUUUCCUUCAGCAAACAGUUGCUCACAAAGUGGCUAGUCUGUACAAUCUCAAAGGCUACGACCUAAGACACGCUUGUAAAGAGGUCAUUUAUGAAAGUUUAAAGGGGUGUUGUGCAGGAAUUAUCGCUGUGGACCACAGAGGUGAGGCAGUGAUUGAAACCAAUGCUGGAGUGAUGUUUGUUGGCUCUGUUAUCGACGGUGUUAAACGAGCUGAAGUUUUCAGACCCAUGACGACCUUCUCAAAUGUGAUUUGGGAAUCUAGUGAGCUCGUGGCAUACUUACAUCCCGACCCUUGGACCCCAGGCACCACGAUUCUUACCAGAAAGGCCUUGAGUGGACCAUGCAGCCUCUUUCAGUUAGAAUUGCCUGACUUUAUCACAAUGCUGCUGGGGGCACGGACUGUAGCACAUCUGCUUUGUGAACGACUUGGGGUGUUACGGUGUGCCCUUGUUUUCAUGCCACAUCUGACCAAGCCUGUCCACAUCAAAAUCUUACCUCUUCAUGGACUGGAACCCAACUGGAAACCUCAUCUGGCAGAGGAGGAGGAAUUCAAUAAUUAUGAUCCCGGGUACUGCAGUUCCAAGAGCGGCCCACGCUGGGAGGACCCUGAGCUUGAUCAGAUCCAGGCCAAAAUCCGGGCCCAUCUCCCAACACCCAAUGCACCAUCUUCCUUUGAUUUUUAUGGAGAACCUACCCACGAUGGUCUUUUUUCACGCAUCAUCCGAGGAGAGGAGCGACAGUGGCGAGUUUGGGAGGAUAAUGAACAUGUCGCCUUCCUCACACCCUUUCCAAACACACCUGGUGUCACAGUCCUGGUACCACGAAGACCUCUGCCAAGUGACAUCUUCAGUUUAGAAGAGAAAGACUACACAGCUUUAAUGUUAGCAACUCGAAAGGUCGCUCAGCUCCUGCAGGAAGGAAUGGAAGCACGAGGGGUAGCUCUCAUAUUUGAGGGUUUUGAAAUUGACCACGCCCACGUCAAAUUGAUUCCUAUUGUCCCUCCACCAGGUGGAAAGCUUCCCACUGUACGUCCUCAUUUUUGUGCAACCUAUGCUGGGUAUGUUACAUCCGCUGACGGUCCCCCAGCUAGUCCAGAGGCUCUGAAAGAGAUCCACACUCAGGUCACACGGAGUUUCCCCCCUCGCUCCUGGGAGGACCCUCAAAGCCAUUCCACUGUAGCUAUAAAGAGUCAGUGGUACCGCAAUCUCUUCCAGAUCCAAAAUACUCUCUUCCACUGUACAGUCGAGUAUUUCAACAAUGUGUGUCAUUAUGCAUAUGCCCUCACCCCUAUCACCACCGACACCAUCUCUUCUCCGAUAGGCUUGGGGUCAGAUUCAGAGCCUGUGUAUGUUAACAUGCUAGGACAAGAUGUGUAUUUGGCUGACUCAAUGCAAUUUGUUCUUGAGUACUUCUUGCGAUUCCAAGAGGGUCUACCAGGAGCCUAUUAUGUAUCACCUAGUUUCAGGGGAGAGGACCCUGAUGCCACACAUUUGAACCAGUUCUACCAUGUUGAAUGUGAGCUUCUUGGAGACAUGGACAAAGCCAUACAUGCAGCUGAAGGUUAUGUGGCUCACAUGACCCGCACAAUGCUGAAGAAACACUCCAACAUUAUAUUAAGUGCAGCUGGGUCUCUGUCUCAUGCUCAGGAUCUACUCAGGAGAUUAGAGGGACCAACACCACUUCCAAGAGUGACUCUGGAGCAGGCAAUUCCCAUGAUGCCCUCCUCAGACUGCCUUGAGUGGGUGCAGGAUGGCCAGCCACAAUUUGGCAGAAAAUUAACACGCAAAGGUGAGCAAAUCUUGAUUGAAAAGUAUGGAGGCGCCGUUUGGCUGACGGAAAUGGAUCACCUUGGUGUCCCAUUCUACCAGGCAUAUGUGGAGGGUUCAGGGAGGUGCAAAGCCAAGGCUGCAGACCUACUCCUGGGCUUAGGAGAAACUGUGGGGCUGGGGGAGCGACACUCCACACCUGAGAUGGUGCAAGAGGCCUUGAGACACCAUGCAGUGCCAGAGGAAUCUUAUGAAUGGUACAUAAACAUGCGGCAGGUCUUGCCCCUGAUCACCAGUGGGUGGGGCAUGGGCACUGAGCGAUAUUUGUGCUGGCUCCUGAAGCACAAUGAUGUCAGAGAUAUACAAAUCAUCCCACGAAUGAAGGCCAAAAAAUACAUGCCUUGA